AUGAGUAAUAGUAAGAGCGGUUUUGCUCCUGAGGCGUAUAUCGAUGAAUCCACGUCGUUUGAUUCUUUCCAUCUGGAUCCAAGAUUAUUGCAAGCUGUUAAGAAUUCAGGUUUCAAAAACCCAACUUUGAUUCAAUCACAUGCAAUCCCACUUGCUUUAGAGAAGAAGAGAGAUAUCAUUGCUAAAGCAUCGACAGGUUCCGGUAAAACUUUGGCGUAUUUGAUCCCUGUUAUACAGACUAUUUUGGAUUAUAAAAGUUCAAAAGGUUCUGAUUCUAAAGAGAAUGAAACAUUGGGGAUUAUUAUGGUUCCUACUCGUGAUUUGGCUCAACAAGUAUCUUCUGUAUUAGAGAAGAUGGUCUUAUACUGCUCAAGAGAUAUUAACUAUCUGAACAUAUCCUCUGAUAUGUCCAAUUCUGUCUUAAGUACAUUACUAGUACAAAAUCCAGAAAUCAUUGUUGCUACUCCAGGUAGAUUAAAGGAUCUUUUAGAAACUAAAAUUGAUGCUGUUUCAUUAGAAAACUUGAAAUUUUUAGUAAUUGAUGAAGUUGAUUUAGUUCUGACUUUUGGUUACCAAGAUGACUUGAAAAAAAUUGCUGAAUAUCUACCUCUAAAGAAAAAUUUACAAACAUUUUUGAUGAGUGCAACUUUAAAUGAUGAUAUCCAAGAAUUAAAAGAAAAAUACUGUCGUGCACCUGCAAUUUUGAAGUUUCAUGAUGAUGAAAUUAAUAAAGAGCAAACCAAACUAGUACAAUAUUACGUUAAGACCAACGAAUUUGAUAAGUUCCUGCUAUGUUAUGUCAUUUUCAAACUGGGUCUAAUAAAGGGUAAAUCUAUCAUCUUCGUGAAUAAUAUUGAUAGAGGGUACCGUUUAAAACUAGUGUUAGAACAAUUUGGUAUAAAAUCCUGUAUUUUAAACAGUGAAUUACCUUCAAAUUCUAGACAACAUAUUGUGGAACAAUUUAACAAAAAUAUUUACAAUUUAUUGAUUGCUACAGAUGAUACAGAAUAUAUUAAAGAAGAGGACCAGGAAAUUGUUGAAACUGUGAAGCCAAAGGAAGAAGAUUCCGAAGAACCUAAAACUGAUGUAAAUGAAUCUAAAACAAAGAAAAAUCCUGCUAAAAAUGAUAAGGAGUAUGGUGUUUCUCGUGGUGUUGAUUUCAAGAAUGUUGCAUGUGUACUAAACUUCGAUUUACCUACAACAGCAAAAUCUUAUGUUCAUAGAAUUGGUAGAACUGCUCGUGCCGGUAGAUCAGGUACUGCUAUUUCUUUCGUUGUCCCAUUAAAGGAUUUUGGUAAGCAUAAACCAUCAAUGUGUUCAACAGCUAAGAGAGACGAAAAGAUAUUCACACGUAUUAUAAGACAACAACAAAAGCUAGGUUUGGAGAUUUUGCCAUAUGCAUUUGAUCCAAAACAAAUAGAAGGUUUCCGUUAUAGAAUGGAAGAUGGUUUCCGUGCUGUGACACAAGUUGCUGUUCGUGAAGCAAGAAUUAAGGAAUUGAAGCAAGAAUUGUUAACCAGUGAAAAAUUAAAGAGACAUUUCGAAGAAAAUCCAAAAGAAUUAGAGAGUUUGAGACAUGACAAAGAAUUGCAUCCUGCAAGAAUUCAACAACAUUUAAAGAGAGUUCCAGAUUAUUUAUUGCCGGAAGGUGCAAGAAAGAAUGGGAAGAAAAAUAUUGGUUUUAUUCCAUUCCGUAAUCCAAAGAAGGGAGGACGUAAUAAUAAGAGAGGAAAGGUUGGUAAGCGUAGAACUGGGAAGUCUGACCCAUUAAAGAAUUUUAAAUAA